AUGAGGUUCGCAAGGUGCCCAGGACCCUGCUGUUUCGGAAAAAGGGCUUGGACUCUUGGGCUUUUGGCAAUCCUUGGGGCUGGGCUCCACGAUUAUGAUGGGUGUCUAGAGAAGUUUGGUGUUGGCUUUUGGGCUGGGCCCUUUAGAGCUAGAUCACGGGUUGAGGGCUAG